AUGACUCCAAUGACAAAUUUUACUAAAGCUAUAGAAAAAAAAUAUCUGUUAAAGAAAAGUGAAAAUAUACCAAUCACAACAAUGAAAUGUGACAAUGAAAUGGUACCAACAACUUCAAAAAAAACACCUGUUAAAGAAAGUGAAAAUACACCAAACACAAUGAUGAAAUGUGACAACAAAAUAGUACUAACAACUCCAGUGAUAAUUCAAACAACGACUUUAACAACAAAUUAUACUAGAGCUAUAGAAAAAAAUCUAGUAGUAAAGAAAAUAUGA